CGCCGAACGGGCACCGCUUGAAACCCAUAAGUAACAAAGCAUAGAUAACGUAGCAGAUAUACACGACCUCUUCGCAAUUGAUAAGCUCACCUGUUAUUUCGUUUACGGCGCGUUUGGAUGGUGGAUAGACCUUUGGCUUAAUACUCCACUGAACCCCACAAGCAUAGUUGUGGCUUUUGGCUAAAGACAAACGGCAAUAUUCUCAUCUCAUCCUCCCUCAACCAUCAUCACACUCUCUCUCUCUUCAUCCACAUAUCCGUAUCUCUCCCCAGUCCACAACCACAACCCACAGUCCAAGACUCCAAGCAAAUCACAGCUAACUUUAUCAAUCAUACAGUAAACUCCCUCGGCAUUUUCUGCCCUUUAUCGACACCACCAUUUUUCCUGCUGCUUGAUGGCCAAAACACCGCAAUGAAAAUCACAUCGAAAUCAAUCCUCAGCCCCAACCGCCACCCACGCGACUCCACCACCCCUAUGUCUCUCCCACCAUCCCUCAGCCGCCGCCUCAAAACUAACAGAAGCCUCAGAGGCGCGCAAUCCCCCAUGUUCCCCACCGCAGGGAAAAAACCCCGCUCCGCCUUCGACAACCCCGAGCCUUCCUCUCCCAAAGUCACCUGCAUCGGCCAAGUCCGAGUCAAAACCAAGAAAAAACAGGGGAGCAAGAAGCAGAGUAUUAAAACCGGGGAAGUGAGUUUUCGCAAAACCGAAGGGAAUGUGAACCCUAAUCAGAAGUGGGUUCAUCUCCCUUUAACGAUUUGUGAAGCCUUAAGAGGGUUUGGGGCUGAAUUCAGCUGCUUGUUUCCGUGCCGCCCAUCUUGCUUCUCGAUGGGUGGCACAGGACCGAGAGAAAAAGAAGGGAGAGUGAAUGAAGGGAAUGGUGGGGAUUCUUCGUGUGUGGCGGUGUUCGGGAGGUGGUUGGUGGGGGUGCAGGGGAGGGAGAUAGAGUUGGUGGUGGGUGGAGAGGGUGAGGAGAGAGAAGCAGAGGGAGGAGAGAGAGAGAUUGAGGAUGGGAGGUGCGGAGUGAGUGAGGAGUGUGGUGUGGAGAUAGAAGAGGAAAGGAGAGUGAGUAUUUGUGUGCCCCCAAAGAAUGCUCUUUUGUUGAUGAGGUGCAGAUCUGAUCCUAUUAGGGUUUCGGCACUUGUUAAUCGGUUCUGGGAGUCACCUAUACGUAGUGCUGAAGAAGUAGAAGAAGAAGAAGAAGAGGACGAGGAUGAAGGAGAUGAAGAAGUGGGUGGUCCAGAUGGAGAAAGAUCAACGGAGGAUAAAAAGGUUGAAGCUUUUGGCACAUUGGUUUCUGCUGAAGAGGAAAAGGAAGAAAACCCAGAAGCAAAAGCACAUGAUUUGGUUAUGGAGGGACAAGAAGAAGCUGAAGAGAGAGAGAACCCAGAAGGAGAGGUACAAGAUUCAGCUGUGGAGGUGCAAGAAGAAGCAGAAGGGAGAGAAAGCCCAGAAGGAGAGGUACAUUUGGUAAUGGAGGUGCAAGAAGAAGCUGAAGAGGGAGAAAACCCAGAAGAGAAUUUGGAAAUUAGUGAGGAAAUUGAAGAAGAAGGAUAUGAAGAAAAUGAUGAAUUAGAGCCAGUAGUAGUUCAAGAGGUUAAGGUUUCAUCGGAGGCAGAGGAAAAUGAGGUGAGCUGCUCUGUUUUUGAAGCUUUUUCAGAUUUGCAGACAUUAGGAAAUGAAGAAAAUGUGGAAAACCCAGUUGAAGAUUGUCAGUCUAGGGAGGUUCAGAGUGAAGAAAUCAGGUCUCCGGAUGAGGACUUGUUCUUGGGACUUCAGGAGAUGUUUUUCGAAGAAGAAGAGGCUGAAAAGAUUGAAGAAACAGAGGAGGUGUCAAUGGGAGAGAAAGAGACCCAAUUGGAAGAAGAGAGAGAGGAAGGGACCCAGUCAGACGAAACCCUGAUAGAAUCAGAAGCCAGAGAAAGAGAAGGAAAUGGGAAUCCAGAGAGAGAAGGAGAGGUGAAGAAAGAACAAGAAAACAGAGGAGAGAGAAGCUCAUUGUUGCCGGAGUGUUUACUACUGAUGAUGUGUGAGCCGAAGCUAUCAAUGGAGGUUUCAAAGGAAACGUGGGUAUGCGGUGGGGAUUUUAUCAGGUGGCAACCGGAGAGAAGAAAGGUCAAGAGAACCGACGGCUGCGAUGGGCCCAGAAGGAGGGUCAGCAUUGACUCGACCGCGGGGCCGGCCUCGGCGGUGUCGAUGGCGGCAUUGAUAGAGCAGAAGCUGGUGAACGCGGUGGCGUACGAGCCGUUCGUGCUGACGCGGUGCAAGUCAGAGCCGAUGAGGACGGCGGCAGCUAAGUUGGCCCCGGAGACCUGUUUUUGGAAGAAUAGGAAGCUUGAGCGGCUUGAGCCUCACCGCCGAGCCACAUUUGGAGUCGGCGCGGCUGGGGUUGGGUUCUGAGCCAAGGUGGUAGAAAGGAAUUCUACUGUUUGGAUUGUUGUAUGAGUAGAUAUUUCUUAGGAACAUCUUUAUGGGUAGAUUUUAAUGUUGCAAUGCAUAGUGCAUGUUUGUUCUCCUUUAGUUGAUACUAGUUUCAGAAGUUAAAAGAGGUUAGUAAGUUAAAAGUUUUAUUU